GUCGCUGUUUGAAAGAUUGGCGGUGGGACACGGUGCACUCAAAUGCCUGCUAUGAAUUUGAGUAAAUUAACAAAAAUCUAGUAGAUAUUGUACAUGUUUUAUAUACGAAGGCUAUAGCUGUCGAGAGAGGCAAGAAAGCAGAUCAACCAAGCACACUUAAUCGACUCGUGUGUGUUAUACCCCUGUUGUAGAGGAUGCUUCUCCAGGAUGCAACAGACGGACACGGCCAGAUGGCACUGCUCCAGGUCUUGCUACAGCUGUCUGAAACCACGCCUGGACUACAGGUACCGCCUGGCUCUAAGGGUCACCAGAGACAACACCAUAUUUGGGGUGACAGUGUUCGGGAGCUGUCUCAACCCCCUCUUUGGAGCCCCUGCCACCGACCUUCACAGGCUGGUGGAGGAGUCUUCCGGUCCAGUGGGAAGUGAAGGUCAGAGGUCAGGGUGUCGAAGCAGGCUGCUGGUUAAGGCCGUAGAGGACUGCUUCAUUGGAAGACAUUUUGUUUUUGGGAUCAAGAUAUCUGGCCCCCACCCCUACAGGAGAGAGGCAGGCCAGUUCAUCGCCAGUCAGAUCUCUCUGCCCAUGGCCUCUGUUCCAGGCUGCUCUGUAGUCAGUUACUACAGAACCCUCCUACAGCAAGCUGCUCUCUGCGCUGACUGGACAACGGAUCCUAGACCAGCCUCCAAGAGCCUCCUACAACAGGCCUCUGUGUGUAGAACUGAUCCUAGACCAGCUCCCCAGCCUAGCGCUGACACCAGUACAGCUCCUCUCCUGCUCCACCCUUCUCCUCUCCACAGCUUUGACUCUACACUGCCCUCCUGUGGCCGAUCCAUGUCACUGCAUUGCACCUUAACCCUCACCCCAACCCCGACCAACAUACACAAGGCACCCUGGCAACAGUCUCCGGGGGUGAUCACAUCGUCUGCAGAACAGGAGGAAGAUGAGGGGGAGGAUAAAGGACUGAUUCAUGGGGAGGGGGACACAUCUGGAUAUAUACGGACUGCGCCGUCCAGCCUCAGGAAGAGGGGUGUUUCAGACACGGAGGAGGAGUACAGACACACAGACACCAACUGA